AGUACAUAAACACAAACCGUUUCACGCGCCAUCUUGUAGCUAAUUACGUGCUAAGCAAAAUACAACGUUCAAUAUUAAUAUAUAGGUGUUUUAUAUUUGUUUUUGAAAGAAACGAUAUAAAAUGAGUGACACCAAGGAGGUCAAACGUGAAGCUCGGGUUAUUGGUCGUGAAGGAUUUGAAGAGUUUUAUCCAAGAAUGAUGAAGAAAAUUUUCAAGAUAAAAGAAGGCUAAUGAAAACAUGUACAGAGCAGUACAUAGAAGUGCAAAGGGUGGAAAAUGUGACGGAAGAAUGGUGUCAGAUAGAAGCGCUUGUGGUAUAAUGGCUAAAAUCAGAGCCGGUUUCAAUUUGGGUGAAGAAAAGAAAAACAGACCUGGAAUCAGAAAAUAAGAAAACUGAAAAAAGAAGAAUGAAGAAGGAUAGAAAUCCCGAGAAAAGGGAGUAGCGUGUAAAGAAUCUGGAAGAAUGAAUGUGUCUCUUGGUUAAGUAAAUACACUGAAUCACGGGCCCAGUCUAAAUCCGAUCAUGGCAGUCCGGCUCGGGCAAAGUCUGAGAGCAGGUCCGGCUCCCGUAGCCAUUCUCGAGCCUCUAAGCAUUCUGAGUCAAGAUCCCACUCUCGAUCGAGAUCUCGGUCUCAUACUAGACGACACUCAUACCGACGCCAUAGCCGCUCACAUUCUCGAUCCUACUCUCGUAAGAAGUCGCAUUCUCGUUCCUUCAGUCCAGAGUACCGUAGCAGGAGAGGCGAGAGUGAUUCUCCCAUGUCCGACCGCCGUCGUCAUGGCAGCAACAGGAGCCAUGGCUUCACAAAAGAAUCAGACAGUCAUGACAAAGAUGCUGAUGUUAGGGCAAACCCCGACCCCAGCACUUGUUUGGGUGUGUUUGGCCUGAGUCUGUACACCACAGAGCGUGACCUGAGGGAAGUGUUCUCACGUUAUGGUCCCCUGGCUGGGGUCAAUGUGGUGUACGAUCAGCGCACUGGUCGUUCCCGUGGUUUUGCCUUUGUUUACUUUGAGAGAAUGGAGGAUUCCAAAGAGGCGAUGGAGCGAGCCAAUGGCAUGGAGCUGGAUGGCAGGCGCAUCCGUGUAGAUUUUUCUAUCACUAAACGUCCUCAUACUCCCACACCUGGGAUCUACAUGGGGCGACCAACUCACAAUGGUGGAGGUGGUGGAGGUGGUGGUGGCGGCAGUGGUGGCGGCAGCAGCAGCAGGAGGGGAAGAGACUCUUACUACGACCGGGGCUAUGACCGCUACGACAGAUAUGAUGAGUAUGAUUACAGGUACAGCCGCCGACGCUCACCGUCUCCCUACUACAGUCGAUACCGUUCCCGUUCACGCUCCCGCUCCUUUAGCCCACGACAAUACUAAAGUUUGCUCGUUUCAUCGUUGAGUUUCUCUCCAGUAGUUGAGUUUUGAUAUUAAGAUUUCAGAAAAGAUUUGUUUUUUGCACCUGUCUGCAUCACUUGCUUCAGAGUUUUAAAUUGUUCUUGUUUACGUGCAACAAAUGGUCAUUAUUAAAUGCCUUCAAUACAGCCAUGUGGAACAUGAGCGAAGAAGGGUCGGAUGCUUUUGAUUUCCUUUGUUUCCAUAGGGGUUGUUAGUUGUUUUUUUUUUUUUUGUUUGUUUGGGGGGUCAAGAUAGUCUCAUGAGACUUGCACUGACAUUUAUGUUACGAACUUGACUUAAUAACAAUAAAAAAAAUCAAAAACAUGAAA